UUAUGUUUGAUAGUGUCCGAAUUAAUAUCUCCGUGAUAGUGUCAGAAAAAUUCUGUGAACACCGUAAUCUCUAACUACCUAAAUUAUAUACAGGUUCCAAAUCUUCGAACGUCAUCAAUAUUUAUUAAUAGAAUUUAACAUUGAUUCUAAAAAUGCAGCAUCAUUAUUGGAUUACUAAGCAAACUCUUUCUCAAAAGUUAGGACGUAAAGAAGAUGAGUGCAUUGUUGCAUCAGAUGCUGAAUUAGAUACUAAGUUAGAAUUACUUCGUAACAUUCAAAUAUCCUGUACAUUAAUUCAAAGGAUAAUUGAAAAAUAUCAAGAAUCUGUUUGCUAUUUGUCCCAGGAAAUCAAUUCCAUGGGUAGAUUCCUCAAAGAAAACAGUAAUGAAGAUAAAACUCGGGUAGCAAAUGUCAUGCUAUCCAUUGGCAAAAAUCUUAUAUUUUGCGCACAAGAGCAGUUGGCUCUGCAUGAGCCUUUAACAAGAUUCCAUAAAGAACUUGAAACCUUUCGUCAACGAGCUAUUGGAGAUACUUUAAAAAAUGUUUUAGCAAUGGAGAAAGCUAGAACGGAGUAUAGAGCAGCAUUGUCUUGGAUGAAAAAUGUAUCACGACAAUUAGAUCCAGAUACAUCCAAACAACUAGAAAAAUUUAAAAAAGUUCAAAGUCAAGUUCGAAGGGGUAAAGAAAAUUUCGAUAAAUUAGCCCUUGAUUGUCUGCAGAAAGUUGAUCUACUCGCCGCCGCUCGUUGCAAUAUGCUUAAUCAAACGUUGAGUUUUUACCAUAAUAAGCUACUUCAGUGUACUAAGAAAACUACAAAAAUUUUCAUAACGGUAGAAGAAAAUGUUGAAUGUUCCGACAAAGUUUUACUAGAAAUCCAAACGCAAAUGUCGAGAGACCAUAAUUUUGAAAAUUAUUGUCCUCACAAUAAUGAGCAAGAAGAAUUAUUAUUCACAGAACGGAAAACCUUAAUUCAUGAAGCAAUUUCUGGUACAGCUAUUGUACAAUUGAAAGGAAUCGUAAAUGAGUUUGAUUUGACAGAAACAAGAAAAUCUUCACUAACACCGGAUGAAUAUCAUAACCCAUCAGAAAAAAAUUUAUUUACUAAUUGCAAGACUGAAUUAGACAAUAAUUGUGUGAAUCAUUUUAAUUGCGAAGAAGAAUCUGGAUUCAAUUCAAAUUUCAAAAACGCAGAUAAUUUUUUAUCAUCAUCAAUACUUUUAGAAAGUUUGACAACUAUUACUCCAGAAUCCAAAACUUGGAUGAGGACAGUACUGGAAGAUAAAAACAACGUACAACCAACAAAUACAAACCAUAAUACAAAGUCGUGGAUGACAAUCUUUGAAGAACUUGAUCCAUUAUCAAAUCAAACAGAAGAUAGAUUAAUGCAGCAUAAAAAUUCAUGUUAACAAUAUCGUAGACGUUCUGUUGUACUUUAGUGUAAAAUUAUAUUAAACGGAUAUCUUCGCUUCUCUCAACAACCUCAAACUUUUGUUUGAAAAUUUAAAAAUAUUAAACGCUAGUAUCUAUUACCGUCGUAAACAAUGCAGCCUGUCUCAAAUGUGCAAGUUCAUUCAAAAAUACUCUAACUAAACACUAAACACUCGAACUGCAAUCAUCUUAUUCCGUUAGGAUAUUUUGAGGAAAGGUAUAGCGAAAAAAGGAGUUAAUUUUAAAGAUAAAGUUUAUUAAAUAAUAAUUGAAAUAAUAACUUACAAAAAGUAUUUAUAAUUACAAUAACACCAGUACAUACGUAAAAAAUAGUGGUCUGUACAAUAGACCAAACCUAUCCUUAUGUAUUUUGACGCUGAAUCCGAAUUCGAAGUUGGUUUUUCUGAAACACCCGCAAAAUUUUUUAAAAUCGUGAAACACCGUGAAGAGUCGCGGAAAAUUGUGAAAAUUUGCAUUUAAGAGAAUAACUUAGUUGCAAUACAUUUUUUUAUGAAUGUCUUAUGUAUGAUUUAUCUGAAUUUGAGACGUUUAAAAUGAGAUCUGAUGAAUAUUUGUCUUUUAUAUGCCAACAACUUUGAAAAAAUGUCAAAAUCUUGUAAAACCGCUUAAAAAAUAAAAAUUUUGU